GGACGAAGCCUCAUCUAACGCACAGAAUGCUAGAUUCUAAUUAGCGAGUCGUGAAAUCCGUACGAAUCGAAGCCGUCCCACCGAAGGGCGUGGACACUACGAGAGAGCGGGAGGCCCGAUAGCAGAAAAGCGCCCGAGACAGUGCACAGCGUUCCUGUAUGUACGCAGGGGGCAUUUCGAGAAGGCUCUAGCGUCAGUUGGAGUUUUAAAAGCGACUGCUACAAUACCGGACUCGAGCACCGGUACUCGAGUAUCAGAACAGUCUAUUCCCCUCGACAACAAUCAUUCACAGCCUGGCCCGCCGAUAUAACUUAUUAUGCCGUAUGAUUUCCAGCAGCUCUCCUCAACUUCGCCAUUGUUGUGCUGCAUGCACGAGCAAGGGGCCCGGUUACAGUAACCGGAAAGCUAGGAAAAAAAUUACACGAUCGGAAGGCGUUAACUCAACUGAGGAUACCAAUUCCCGCCUGCCCCACACGCUUCUCGGUAAAAGGCGGCCGCAUCGACCCUCAGAGAAAGUCGACUCUAUCUCCCCCCCACCCAAAUCCCCAAUAGAGAUCUCUUAAAGAUGCUACCGUUCCUCUCUCUCUUUCCCCUCCCGAUUUGUGGGCCGUUUUUGUCGAUAGCAUUGGGCGACGGUCGCGACGACUAAGCGAGUGCCAAAGUACGGUACGGGCACAUCGAGAAUGGAGCGAAAGGUCGCGGAUCCAGAGAAGACCACCAUCCCUUCUCCCUCCGUGCCGCCGGAUAUCACGGGAACGGGCACGGUACUGUUAAAGGCGCAGUCAUGCGGCCACGGCGAAGACCUUGAGUGGGCUAUUGACACAAGCGGUGAUGCGCUAUCUAGUGCCGGUGGUGAGGAAUUCGAGGUCAGGUGGGUUGGCGAGGACGCUGAUCCCCUCAAUCCACGGAGCAUGAGCAAGUCCCGCAAGUGGCUCGCUGCCUGGGUCGUCUGUCUGGGAGGUGCUUGUGUGUGAGUGAAAAGUUUCGCCUUAUCCGCUGUUCCAGAUUGCUUUUCUUAUUUGCUUUUUCCGGGAAGCAACGUUUUGGUGAUGAGAAUACCGGUAGUGUACUAGUACGAGUACUCGAGUAUGUGCUGAUUAGUGAUGUGGUAGGACAUGCACAUCUUCCAUGUAUACUUCCACCUAUCGCCAGGUUACGGCUGAGUUUAAUGUUCCACAGUUGGCCGCAGUUGGCGGAUUAUCCCUUUAUGUAGCGGGAUUGGGAAUCGGGCCGAUGUUCCUCGGCCCGCUGUCAGAGUUUUACGGUAGGAGACCGAUUUACCUCAUUUCUUUUUCGCUGUUUACCCUAUUUCUACUCCCCUGCGCGCUUGCCCGGCAUAUCGCCAUGCUGCUCGUGUUCCGCUUUUUAAAUGGUAUGGCCGGGUCAGCGUUUCUGUCUGUUGCUGGUGGAACUAUGGGGGACUUGUUCAAUAAGGCGGAAGUCGGGGCUCCGAUGACGCUGUACACCGCUUCGACCUUUGUAAGAUCUAUUAUAACAUUAAGGUAGCGAGAAAACUGAUGGAUUCCAGAUUGGGCCAGGUUUGGGCCCCCUCAUCGGUGGUUUCAUCAACCAGAACGUCAAUUGGCGUUGGACCUUCUGGGUCCUGAUGAUCUGGUCGGUGGUCAUGUUGGCCAGUCUCUACAUCUUCGUCCCGGAAACCUAUCACCCAGUCCUUCUCCGAGACCGAGCCGUCUCAUUGCGAAAAUCGACCGGCGACCCACGCUACCGCGCGCCACUUGAGAAGAUGUCCCGCUCCAUAGCCCACACAGUCCUGCGGUCCUGCACCCGCCCCUUUGAGCUCCUACUAUUUGAGCCGAUGCUUCUACUGCUAUGCAUCUUCUCAGCACUCCUCCUGGGAAUCCUGUACCUCUUUUUCCAAGCCUUCCCCCUAGUCUUCGCGAACGUGCACCACUUCUCCCUGCAGCAAAUCGGCCUAACAUUCAUCGGGAUAAUAGUCGGCAUGUGCCUGGGCGCAUCAACUGAGCCGAUCUGGCAAAGAAACUACGCCCACCUAGUGCGCAAGCACAACCAAAUAUCUCAACCAGAGUUCCGCCUCCCCUCCGCCAUCGCCGGCGGCAUACUCGCCCCCAUCGGGCUCUUUUGGUUCGCUUGGACAACACUCCCGCACUUGCACUGGAUCCUGCCAGUCAUUGGAACGACGUUUUUCGGCAUGGGAACGCUACUGGCGUUCACGGGGAUAUUCACCUUCACGGUUGAAGCAUACCCCGUAUACGCUGCCAGCGCUCUCGCCGCGAAUUCUUUUGUUCGGAGCUCGUUCGCCGCCGGUUUCCCGCUUUUCAGCACGGAGAUGUACAGACGCCUGGGGUACCAGUGGGCUAGUAGUCUUCUUGGGUUUUUGAGUUUGGGGAUGGGGCCGGUCAUGAUUUGCUUUUUCGUUUGGGGGAAGGAUAUUAGAGCUAGGAGUAGGUUUGCUACUGUUAGAGGUGAAAUGGGGUGAAAUGGGUGGGUUGUAGUUUUGUUUCUUGUAUAGGGAGAGGGGCUUGUCUUUUACUCGGCGCUUUGGAAACUAAGAGGCAUAUAUCUCGAUGAAUGAACGCACGAACCAUGCUGUGCCGUAGUGCGCUACACAGUAAUAUACAACGGAUGAGCAAGACCCCCCUCAGACCCCAUUCGACGCUUGCUUCCAUGGGCAUUUACUCACCAUAGGCCCAAACAUGAAAUUCUCCAUUAUUCCUUGAAUGCAUUCCGCCUGCCUUUCCGGGGUUGCCGCCCCGCUGGUGGGGAGUCGGAACGGCCACGAUUACUUGUACGAGCACACGCGGGCCGGGGCCCCUACGAGACGGAUGAGAUGCGGCUUUUCUCUUUCAGACCAUGCAGCAGUAUACAGCAAGUACAGAUUUAGACAGACGAACCUC